AUGAUCUGCCGCUGCCGAGAACCGAUUGGAGCCGCCGCCGGCGCUGGCCAGCCUCCCCACCGAUGUGCACGCCGGGUCGCCGCUCCCGCUCCCGCAGCCGAGCAUAGCAGCAGCGGUGGAGCCCCAGCCGCCACCACGUUCCUCCUGCUCUCCGGCAAGUCCGCCCAGGACCAGCAGCUCCUCGCCUCCGCCGCCGGCGAGCUCUCUCUGGCGGAGGAGGGCGGGGGCGAGCUCGCCGUCUCCCUCGCGCUCGACGCCAGCGGGGACGCGGGCUACGAUGCGGCCGCCUACAUGGGCGCGCUCCAGGCGGCGCUUCGGGAGGUGGAUGCGUUGGUCGCCGCGGAUGGCAUCCACGCACGACCUCGUGAUACAGAACUUCGCCAAACUUCCGGUGGGCGUCGUGUGCGCCACAUGCAUGCAGUUCAAAGGCAGAGGUGCGUCAAAUAUGUAUGCCAAUUGGUGCUUGUUUUUGUUGUCCCUUUUAGUGUGUAUCUCUGAUGAUCUUUCAAUCUCGGUGAUCAAUGUCUGUCACUUUGGUGGGGAGAUGAAUUGUGCU